AACAGCACUGUCUCCGGGGCAUAAACUAUCUCUGUGGCUGCUGGUUAUUUUAAAAGUGUAGAAGGGCAUCAAAACGUUAAAGCAAGUGCGAAGUCAAAAAACUGUUUCGAGGCGAAGGAAAAAGCCGAAAGUGCCAUGAACGCUUCUUCACUGCCAGUCUCUACUGAGGGAAUAGCUGACUUGUAAUCCUACUUCUUCCUGGUCCAGUUUGCUGCAACAACUCUUGAUAGAUUACUCGUUUACGUACUGAUUGAGUGGCCUGGGAGGACGGGUAGAAGAGGCUGCUUGAAAAACAAGCCACUCGUGAGGCUAUUGUUGAUUUGUACAAUGUCGGCUGUCCCUAACGCGUUUGAAAAUGUGAAAGCGGUUAUCUUAUCAGCUCAUAAAGGCACCACAUCAAAAGAAAAGGUUGACUUCUACAACUCCUGGGCAGAGAACUAUGAUCAGGAUGUGGCUGUUCUGGACUACCGUGCACCACGUCUGGCAGCAAACAGUAUCUCGUCUCAUUUCCGUGGUGAUCGUGAAGCAGCUGUCCUACUAGAUGUGGCCUGUGGUACAGGACUGGUGGCCAGACAGCUGAAGAAUCAUGGAUUUGGCCAUUUUGUGGGUAUUGAUGGAAGCGAGGCGAUGUUGGAGGUGGCCAGAGAGAGCGGCUUGUACCAGGACUUGAAGCAGUUCCUGCUGGGAGAGGAGCCGCUGCCUGUCCAGUGGGAAAAUGCAUUUGAUGUGGUUGUGAUUGUUGGAGCACUGAGUGUUGGUCAGGUUCCUGUUUGUGUGGUCAGAGACCUGUGCAAGUCCACCAAACCAGGUCAAGAGGUUUGGUGUCUGUUUAGGAUGUGGCUGUCCUGGACUCCAGUGCACCAAUUCAAGCAGCGAGCAGUGUCUGCAUCCAUUUUACCGGUGACCGAGCAGCAGCUGUUACUCUGGAUGUGGCCUUAGGAGCAGUGGCCAAGUAUUCAAGAAUCACAGCAGCACAGAUGACACAACAUAUUUUAGUUGGUCUAGUAUUGGAAAAACAAGUAAGAAGCAACUCAUUAUAUUGGGAAAAAUAGAAAUAUCACAUUAUCUAGCAAUGUCGUCUAAAUCAGCGAUCCUCAACAAGGGAUAAGUACCAUAAAGGGUACUUCUGGGGUACUUACCUACAUAAAUGCUAAAAAUGAAAAGUAAUAGUGGAAAAGGUGAAUGAAUGGUUGAAAUGAAUGCCUAAAUUUAUAUAUAAACAGCUAAAACUGUGAAGUGAUAGUAUCAAUACAGACCUGAAAUUGCUUGCUGAACUAUUUGUGAUCUAUAAAAAAAAUGGAAACUAUUAGCUGAAAGUUGAAUCGACAAAUAAAUAUUUUAGCAGAAAAAAAUCGCACAAUUAAUGAACAAUAUUCACAAAGCAAGCAAAAUAUUACUUUUUCCAAAUUAAGUUGUUCUUGUUUGGCUUGGAAACAAGAAAUCUAAUCUAUUUUUAAUUGAUGGCAUGUUCAUAGUAAUUCCAAAGAGCUGUCAUAAGAUUUGCACAGUAUCUAUAAGAAGCUUUAUGUUGCACCAUAAUCUACAGACUUGGAAGAAAAAUGCUCAAGUGCUCAAGUCUCCAAAAUCAAAGUAUGAUGGUGCUAUCAAUGCAAACUUACAAUGCCAGUGUUUGUUUGUUUUUUUACAAUGUCUUGCUAUAUAUUUUGCAAACAAAAUGUUUUAAUGUAAAAUGUAAUAAUUUUUUCCCCCAAUUAAAACAUCUGCUGGUAUAAAACUGUGUGUGUAAUACAUAUAAUGGAUUGUUAGUAGAGACUUAAAUAGUUAAAACUGUUGCUCAGUUACUGUUUGUUCAAUAUACUGUUUGCAUAUUUCUGGAAAUGUUUUCUAACAUGAGCUGCUAUUUCAUACAAUUUUGUCACAAUCCAGUGUAUUUUAGUGAGCCAAAGGUGAGGUGUUGACAUGCAGCACUGACCACGAGAUGUCAGUGUUUCAUCAGCAUGAGCCCUGAUAGGAGCAUAAAUACCUACAGGAUGAAGGUCUGCAGCCAAACAUAGUUUAAAAAUCCACAAAUCCUUCUUAUAGAUCUACAUGCACCAAAUAACAAACACGCCAGGGACAAUUUGAUAGAAAAUGUGUAUAAAAUGAUGCAACGUGAAUAUUUGUGUUUGAUAAAACGGUGCAGCCAUAAAAAAAACUGUGGAAGUGUACAAAUUCAAUAUAUUUGUCACUUCAGAGAUGAUUUUAACCUCCCUAAAAGUGAAUGUAAAAAAAGUAAUAUAGACCUUAUAGUGCAUCUUGUAAUAAUAUCAGUAACUGCUUUACAGUCACUGAUUUCUUCAGUUUCAGUCGAGUAGUAAAAGCAUUUUUUUUAAAACAUUAAUAUGUUCGCCUCAGGGCUGCACAGUGUGUUAGUGGGUAGCACUUUCACCUUGCAGCAAGAAGAUCCUCGGUUCAAAUCCCGGCCGGGGCCUGGGAUCUUCCUGCAUGGAGUUUGCAUGUUCUCCCUGUGCAUGCGUGGGUUUUCCCCGGGUUCUCCGGCUUCCUCCCACAGUCCAAAGACAUGCUGAGGUUAAUUGGUUACUCUAAAUUGCCCGUAGGUGUGAAUGUGAGUGUGAUUGUUUGUCUGCAGCCCUGUGACAGACUGGCGACCUGUCCAGGGUGUCCCCUGCCUUCGCCCGAGUCAGCUGAGAUAGACUCCAGCACCCCCCGUGAACCCUAGUGAGGAUAAACCGGUGUAUAGAGAAUGGAUGGAUGGAUGUUCGCCUCACUUCAUAGUUUUAUUUUUGCUCUAUUAACAGAUUUUUGCUAUUUGUUGUCUGUUUUUCUCAGGGUAUUUAGUACUUAAAAUGUCUUUUCAUUGUUGUUUUGUUUAAAUGUUCAUAUACCUGUCCCUAACAACAGAAUAGAGAGUCUUCAUUACAAUAAAGCUUUUGUAUUCUGCAUUUUGGACGACUGACAGCAUUGUGUUAUGAAUCGAUAUUGAUGAUACAACACAUCUUGUGAAGGAAAACAAGUAACAUGUUUCAUCCACAUGAUUCACUGAAACUAAAUGUUGGAAUCCUCUACAAACACACAAUGCUUCCUCCUCUAGCACUCACACCCCCUUUGUAAUCACACUCUCUGUCAAACCAGUUAGUCCUGUGGAUUUUAACAGCACAAACAGGACUGAAAGUCCAGGGGGAUUCUCAAAGCCUCUUUUUUUUUUGCAUUUUCAUUGCAUUUAGAUAAGUGGAAAGAUGCUGUAACUUGCAUGGUUAAAUUACAGUUAUUUAUUGAGAAUUCAGUGAUCUGUGCAAAUGAAUAAAAAUGCAUUGAUAUUU